AUCCAUUUAAGAUUAUAAUUUUCUUAGUAGAACUUAAUUAUUAUAAUGUCAAAAUUAAUUAUCAAAUUUGAAAACAUUUUUAAUUGAUGUGUUUAUGGUUUACAUUAAAAUCAUUAUUUAAAACGUAAAAUUAACACCUUUUUAAGUCAAAACCCUUCAAUAAUAAGAGCUUUGUAAAUACCUUUGUACAUGCUAAUGAACCGAUUAAAUAGUGUUAGACUUAAUUUUGUAGGUUGUAUAAUCAGUAACUGCCUAUCAUGAAAACGUGCCAAAAUCGUUCGAAAACGAUGACAACCCUCGCUGGCAACAGCCACGCGUAUCAUGAAAAUAUUCAAUGAAGUUGUUGUGAUUUCUGAUAGUGAUCUAAAUCCAAUCAUCCAAACACCAAAAAAUCAGAAGACUUCCUUUGUAAUUAAACUCCUCAUUUCCUUUUUAAACCCUCUCAUAUCGCCUUCGCAAGCUAGAAUCUUGUAAUUCAAAGAAGGAAACAUUAAACAAUCAUGAGCAGGAACGAGCCAACUCGCGUGAUGAUAGGGGUGAAUCAGUCCAGCAUUAAAGGCUAUCCCCACGCCUCCAUCAGCUCCCAACGUGCUUUUGAAUGGACUCUUGAAAAGAUUGUUCGAGACAACAUCUCUGGCUUCAAGCUGCUUUUUCUCCAUGUGCAAGUCCCUGAUGAAGAUGGAUUUGAUGACAUGGAUAGCAUAUAUGCCUCUCCAGAUGAUUUUCAAAGCAUGAACAACAGGGAUAAGAAGAGAGGACUUCAUCUCUUGGAGUAUUUUGUCCACAGAUGUCAUGAAAUCGGGAUUGAGUGUGAAGCAUGGAUUCGAAAGGGUGAUCCACAAGACACUAUCUGUCAUGAGGUGAAGCGGAUACAACCUGAUUUGCUUGUUGUAGGGUGUAGGGGACUUGGUCCCUUUCAGAGGGUGUUCGUGGGUACUGUGAGCGAGUUUUGUGCCAAACAUGCUGAAUGCCCUGUCCUUACUAUCAAACGGCAUGCAGAAGAGACUCCUCAAGACCCUGUUGACGACUAAGUGUGUAUGCAAUGGAUGAGCUAUGUUAAUUGUUAAUAUGUAUAUAGAAUCGCGUCUCCAGUUAGUGAACUAUGCGUGAAUUAUUUGUCGGGUUAUUUGCUGAAUGUUUGUUUGGGUGUGUUACUGGGAUGAAUAUGAUCUAUUGUUGUGACCUCUCGAGACUCGAACCAGUAUAUCUUUUGUGUUUCGAUCACUGUAUGUUGUGCAUGCCCAUAAUCACUUCUACGCCUACAUAGAAUGCCACGAAAAACUUUGAAGGUCUGUAGGCUACUAAGGGUGGGUUCUGCUUUAUUUCGGUCCAUUUGAGUGUAAA